AUGGCGAGUAACAUCCCAGCUGGAUUGCGAUCGGCAGAUAUCGGGCGAUUUGCCACUAGGGCAGCUCAGAUCGAGAAAGCCAAACCUGUGGUUGCCUAUUGGUGCAAUUUCCAUAUUGUAAACCAGAUUAUUGAAAGGGAUCUUCACAAUACCGACGAUGAGAUCAAACUCUACACGACGGACCUCGUGGAAAAGCUGGAGCAGUUCAAAGUAGAAAACCCAGACAAUGAUGCAGUCACGGACACUGUUGCGGCGUGCGCCUAUGUCGAGCAAUUCGGAUUGGAGGUCUUCGGUCGUGCUGAGGCCGCUAUGAAUGCCAACAAAGUCACAAGGCAAACGGCAGAUACUUUCUCGGCAGCAGCCACAUUCCUCGAACUUUGUUCGAUCUGGGGCCCUCUGGACCCAGAACUUGCCGGGCGGAUCAAAUUCGCCAAAUUCCACGCCGUCCGGAUUGUCAAGGCUAUCAAAGCCGGCGAAGAUCCCAACGAGACAAAUCCCGUGCCAAAGCAGGAAGAAGAACUCAUCGACGACCCCGAGGUCCAGGCAUUUGAUGAGUCGGUAGCGGAGCAGGCCUCUAAACCACAUCAACCCUCUAUUGAAGAGAUCCCAGACGAGUCUGACCGUCUCGGACGAGAGCUGGCUCAGAAAUCGACUCUCGAUGAAUCACUUCACCCAUCACGCACAUCGUCAACACCUCGUCCCCCGCCCGAGAUCCCUUCUGUUCCUCGCGACGCACCUGGUUCUCCGCGAGCGAUGGAUGUUGAUUCCAACACAGGCAACUUAGAGCUCCCGUCAACUCCAGCCACCAUUGGCGGUUCAUCUUCUGUGCCUAAACUUCCAGAUACCCCGACUGCAUUCCAUUCCUUCCCUCCACCAUCUGAGGACACGUCCGUAUCCGCGCCAGACCCGGCUUCUUUCUACGAUACCCCAAGUGCCAGUGCUCCUAUCCAGCCUCCGGCUGCUCCGACAUUUGUUCCAUCCCCACUUGCCCACGCUCCGGUGCAACCAGCUCCCUAUGUCCCAUCCCAACCAUCACAUGAUAUAGAUGAUAGCUCGGUGCAGUUGGCGCAGAAACAUGCUCGUUGGGCGGUCUCUGCUUUGACUUUCGAUGAUGUUGACACCGCUAUUAAGGAGCUUAGAAACUCACUGAAGUGUCUAGGCGCAUCAUGA